GACGACAAUAAACACAUGUACAGCUUCAAUUUUGUCAACCUUUUCGUCUGUUUGUUUGAGAUGUGAUCAUUUCCGACCCAUCACCGAUAGAUUCAAGUGGAGAAAGAAUCAAAACUCGCCGAGCGUCAUUCAUCAAUGGGUGCCCCGAAAGGUUUGCUUGGGGAAUCCCAAGAUGAUACACUUCCCUCACGUGCAAGUAAAAAGUCCACUAUUUAUGUCUUAUGGGUCCCUUGACCGACCCAACCACCAAAUGCGACAUUCGAACAUUGGACGCGAUCGAAAUCAGUUCGGUUUGGCAGUUUGAAAACGAGAUUUACAUUAAAGUGGAUAACACUGCAUGAUGGAUAUGCAAUUGCGGACGAUGAUUAAAUUUAACGGUUAUUGGAUGGCCAUAUCUUGGGGCAUGGUUGUGGUCUGGUGGACCUCGUUAAUGCUUGAUCCAGAGCAAUCACACGGAUAUGUUAAAGCACACAACAUCCGGUAUGGUGGAAUUCCAGCUAUGAUUUUUGGAAUAAUAUGGAUUCUUACAUGUGCAACAUUAGUGUUCGGAAUUUACAAAGAGAGCCUAUUCCUGCUAUGCCCAUUUGCGUCGAUGUUUCUGAUUGAAUUCUGCAUGGUGCUCUGUCGUGACGUAUAUCUAAUGAGUAGUGAUCAUAGCAUUGAUGAAACGAUCCUUUUCAACCUUUCUGCUCCAAACGAAACAAGCAUGCCGUUGCUUUUAUUUGCGGUUCCAAAUAUGGCGUUUAGUUUACUAGCGUUGAUGCAGAUUUUUCGAUACAGGAGGAAUGAUAACCAGGAUACGACCCUUAUAGUUACUACCAAAUACUAGACAUAGCAGUUUUUUUAUGAUGUAAUGAUAUUUAUGUAUUUAUUCAUUGUUUCGAAUCAUUUUAAUGGACUAUAAAACCAAAUAUUUAAUGAUUAUGACUGUUCCUAAUUAGUCGUGAAUAAAAUUCAUUGGAUAAAACAUUAUGAAUUUAAAA